AUGAAUGAACAAACAUUCGUUCCGGUAUCAAUGCGAGCGCUAUAUUACCAUGUGGCUCCGAUUUCCAACUCGCCCACAGGAGAAGUAUCACCAGAUGAUACAAGCAGAGCCGGGUCCGGGACUUCAAACAUAAGCCCCAGGGCCAAAGCUUCAGAAGCAGAGCCCAUAUCAAUCCUGACCUUGGAUACUGAGUUCCAGACACCGCGUCCGUCACCGCAGCAAUACCUACUGAAAAUCCGAACAGCAGCAUUCUGCCAGGACGAGCUUCGUCUAGCCAAUGACCUGAACCCGCACACGACGGCGCCAAAGAUCCCUCUCCAUAGUAUUUGCGGCACAGUCAUCACUACACCAACAGUAGAUCACAAUUCUGUGAAUGGCCCGCGCUUCAAGAUCGGCGACCAGGUCUUCGGUGUCCUGAGCUACACCCGCGAUGGUGGCGCAGCAGACUAUGCCAUCGCCAUAGAGAAUGAGCUAGCCCUAAAGCCCCGCAACAUCAGCACCUACGAAGCAGCAGCCAUUGCCCUCCCCGCCCUCACAGCAUGGCAGGCCCUAUUCCACUACGGCGGCUUAGACCCCGGCGCACCACCGAAUGAGAGCAGAUUUAUCAAUUCCAAUGGUAACAACAACCAACAAAACAAUCCCGAACCCUGGAACGCAAACGAAGCCGCAAUGGGAAUGGCAGCCGCAAGUGGCAGCACAGCCGGCAGCGGCAACAGCAACAGCAGCACCAACGGUCGAAACGCCUUCCGAAACUCGAUAGCCAGCAUCAACGAGCACCUGAACAAACGCGGCUUCUCAAACUCAAAUGGUAGCAGUAGUCCCCUGGGACUCCGCAAUUCAAUCACCCAGCUUCACGGACUCUUCAGCGGCAACCGCAAUGGGAAGGACAAUACAAGUAUUGCCGAUGGUAUUGAACCGCGAAAAGGGAGCCUACUCGCAACAGAACGUGGCGGAUUCAUUAGCCGGAGCAGCUCUCUCUUUUCAGGAAAGAAAGCCGGUCCUGCCCGUGUACUCGUCACGAACGCGCGCGAUAGCGAGGUAGGUCGUCUCGCCGUACAAAUGCUUCGAUCAGACAAGCUCUUCCCGGGUAUACGGCCAUGGGUCUGUGUGACAUGUUCACCGGCUGAAGAACGGAUCGUCCGCGGAUGUUGGGAUGUCGACGGGGUCAUUGUGAUCCCGCACCUCCCGGCUGAGAAUGAAUGUGCCAUCGGGCCUGAAUUCCGUCGAAUGAAGUGGGACCCUGUUGAUAUUGUGCUUGAUUGUACGGGUGGUGAGGUGUUUCGACAGGCUCAUUGUGUUGCCAAGGAUCAUGGGGCUGUUCUCACGGCUGUUGAUGCGGGUCCGGCGCGGGAGGGCGAGGGUGGUGAUGAACAGGAUUUGCUGGGGAGGAGGAAGAGGGGGUUGAAGAGUAGGUUUGUGCCUGUGAAUCCGGAUUCUAAGGCUUUGGAGAAGAUUGUGGAGCUUGUAGAGGAGAACAGGGUUCGGGGGAGGGAGGAGCAGGUUGUCGAUUUGGUUAAUGCGGCGAAAUUGCUUGAGGCCGGGGCUGCGGGUCUUGCUGGGAGUCGACGGGGUGGGAUGGCUGUUGUGAGGGUUAAUCCUUAA